AUGUCCUUUCCGCCACCUCCAGGUCUGAAGCAAGCACCGUCUUCGCUGCCACCGCGGCCACCAAAUACAGCAUCCCCUUCCCCUGCAUCGUUUCAGCCCGCAUACUCGGCUGCGCCAUCGUAUUCGUCCGCAGGGACCAGCAAUGGAUAUGGCGGCAGCGGGCCUCGGACAGGCUACAAUGCUUUCACAGCAUUUGCACCACGCUCCGUAGCUUCUAGUCAACCUUACCGUACCAGUAGCCCCGUCGUAUCCGCUCCACCAGCCGCCUCAGCCGGAUACUCCACCCCCACUACGGCAGGCUACGGUAGCUACUAUUCGCAACCACAACAAACUUACCAAAGCGGAACCUCGUACUAUGGCUCUGCCCAGUAUAAUGAAAACACAUAUGGUCCGUCCGUGCCUCGGAUUCAGAAUCCCUUCUCCGCUCCGGGAGCUGACCAAGCAAACAAUUAUGGUAUGCGCGGGAAGAACUUUGGGCGCAAUGAAUCUGGUUUAGAUCCGGAGACAGAAGCACAGAUUGCACAAUGGCAAAGUGCCUAUGCGAACAGAGACGAAACACAGGCGACAAGCAAGGUUCCUGGCCGCCGAGACGGAUACGCGGUAUCCGGCGCCGGCUCCGGUGUCAAUACCCCCUCCGGCACCGCUACAGCAGCUACCACUCCGGCACCCGUUGCAGGCCAGGCCGAGCCGCAGACGACCGUUGCUCGGGCUGGUGGGGGGCAAACCUGGACCGACUCAACUCUUCUGGAAUGGGACCCCGCACAUUUCCGUCUUUUUGUAGGAAACCUUGCCGGCGAAGUCACGGACGAUUCAUUGCUGAAGGCGUUCGCGAAGUACACGUCCGUCCAAAAAGCCCGGGUGAUCCGCGACAAACGCACUCAGAAGAGCAAAGGGUAUGGGUUCGUCAGUUUCAGUGACGGAGAUGACUAUUUCAAAGCCGCGAGGGAAAUGCAAGGGAAGUAUAUUGGGUCCCAUCCUGUCCUACUCCGCCGCGCCACUACUGAGGUCCGUCCGGUGGCUAACGCAAAGAAUGGUAAAAAGCACGGCGGUGGAGGUGGCUCGGGGGGCGGCCACGGUGGAGGAAAAGUCAAGCAUGAUGGAAUUAGAAAGCCUGGAAAGACCAAGGGUGGGCUUAAAAUCAUCGGAUAG